AAAAUAUUUUGGAACUAGAUAGAAGUGAUGGUUGCACGACACUGUGAAUGUCUUAAAUGGCACCGAACCCUUUAAAGGGGCUAAUUUUAUGUUAUUGGAUUUUCCUUCCACUAAAAAACUGCACGGUGCGGCUGGAACACCGAGCUCACUGAAUCCUCUAAGUAAUCAAUGGCUGUACUCUGGUGCCCUGAGUGUUUGACCUUUCACCCAGAAAACGCUUUAAACUCACUCCGGGAAAUCAUCUUUUGUCCUAAGAGCCUAGGCUUGCUGGAGGCACAGAGGGAGUUUCAAAGGCCUCAAACACCCAGGACACCGGUAAGUAACGCUUUGCGCGGCGCGGCCGUGACCUCGGCAGCAGCAGGGGGCUUUGUUGCCGCUGUGCUCGCCCUCUGCGAACGCUGUCGCCCUGACACAGCGGUCCUUCGGCAAACCUCGUCCCUCCCCACCCCACGCACCUCCAGGAUAGGACUCUGGGCCACCAUCGGGCACCCCCGGCACCGGGCACGUUCAGCCUCUGGUCAACCGGAGGGGCCGAACAGCGAAGGCCCACUGGAGCGUGGAAGCGAUCGGCCCCCGGGGACGCCCAGCCCCGGGCUCCCCUCCGGCCCGCACGCGGUUGCCGCGCGGCCUGCCGGGAAACGUAGUUUCCGGGGACCAGGGAGCAGCCCCGCCCGGGACUUGUUUAUCGUUGCAAAGAGGGGCCGAAGGGGAAGGGGCGGCGAGGCUGUGCUGCAGGUCGGGGCAGCCCCGAGGUCUGACGUGUCCGCGCCCCUGCGGCCCUGCUCCCGACCGCAGUGACCUCCCCUUGCACGGGGCGGACACGGGCAAUGUCACGGGCCCCACCGCGCACCGCGAGCACUCACCAGGGUGAGGGCUGCCCGGGUGGGCUGCAGCUUCCUCUUGCUCACAGCCCGGACAGUUGCCCGGACUAAGGAAGCCGACAUCUUCGCCGUCCCGGCGCCCCGGUGCCUCGGGCCGGAGAUCGGCCACCUCAGCCUCUCUCCAUGGACACGGCGGGCGCAUUGACGCCACAAGCUUCGGCGCACGGCUCCCUCAGGCCUAGCCCCGCCCCAACGCCACUAUUGGGUUCCGAAAGGAGAGUUCAGAAUUCCAUCAAGUACUUCUGACUUCCUGCUACAGAAAUGCAAUCGCAUUGACAGUAAGAGGAUGCUUUUUUUUUUUUUUUUUCCCUAAGCCUUAUCUGCACAUAAAGAAACUGGGGGCCGGGCGCGUGGCUCACGCCUGUAAUCCCAACACUUUGUGAGGCCGAGGCGGGCAGAUCACCUGAGGUCAAGAGUUCGAGACCAGGGUGGCCAACAUGGUGAGACCCCCAUCUCUGCUAAAAAUACAAAAAUUAGCCGGGUGUGGUUGUGUACACCUGUCAUCCCAGCUACUCAGGAGGCUGAGGCAGGAGAAUCGCUUGAACCUGGGAGGCGGAGGUUGCAGUGAGCUGAAAUCGUGCCACUGCACUCCAUCCUGGGUAAGGGAGUGAGACUCUAUCUCAA